GGAUUACAUGGUGGUGAUGCUUUUGUUUUGAAAAACGUGUAACCGGAAGCACUCCUACUGUUAACUGCUAAUAUGGAGCGGCCUGUAGACGAAGCGUGGAGGCCACCACGAGCUUGUGACGAUUACUUGAGUGAGUUUAGGCACUGUGGAAGUUUCAGUAAUCGCUUUCACCACUACUACACGUACGGCACCGUCCGGUCCUGCCAGCAGUGGGAAGUGGACUACCGUAACUGCAGAGAGUGGGAAAGUCACAGACUCACAAAAGCUAAGGACGCAUUACAGAAAAGUGAAAGGAGCCGAUUGGCCGAGCAGGAAAACUUCACCCCAGUGUGGAAACUGAGGAAGGAGCCUCCUAGUGACUGGCACAGGCCUCUGGACCAGGGAAACCAGCAAAACGCCUGAUAUGGGCCGGCUACCACUGUUAUAUGAACUAAUGCAACCUGAUGUAGUUUGCUUCAUGGACAACUCAUAGAAAACUGAUUUAGUGUUGAAUAAUUAAUCUUUGUACAAACAUAAUUUAUGGAAGGCUCGUGGAAACUGGAGUAAAGAGAAACUGUUUGAAAUUUAGCUUCGUGUAUUGACCAUAAUUUAAGAAAAUAUUUAAAUUGCA